ACAGCGCUUUAUAAGCUUAAAUCCACGAAAAGCAGCAAAAAAACCCCAGCAUCCAACUACCCGCGCCGUCCCCUAAAACCCCAUUUACGAGGGAUUCGGCUAUUUCAAGAGCACGCGUCUGGUUUCUGAUCGUAAGAGGACUAUGGCGGCCAUUGCUGUUCUUGCUCUGCUGCUCAUCCUUCAAUCUGCAGCGGCUAAUGAACUCAACGACCUAUUAUCGCCUCUUCUCUCGCCCAUUUUCGAAAAUGUCUGCAAGCAAGUGAACUGUGGGAAAGGGAGCUGUAAACCUUCUGAUAAUGAUACUUUCUCGUUUGAAUGUGAUUGUGAUUCUGGGUGGAAGAAGAGUCUUUCUGAUGAUGAUGAUGAUGAUGAUGGUCACUUCAAGUUUCUUCCUUGCAUUAUACCCAAUUGUACUUUGACGCACUCGUGCUCAUCGGCGCCUCCACCGGGCAUACAGACCAAACCAAGAACCAACGACUUGAUAUUCGAUCCUUGCAGUUGGGUCGACUGUGGAGGCGGUUCGUGCAACAAGACGUCGCCAUUUACGUACAAAUGUGAUUGUUUGGCGGAUUACUACAAUCUUCUCAACAUCACUGCCUUUCCAUGCUACAAAGAUUGCUCAAUAGGAAUGGAUUGCAAGGAACUCGGAAUUCCAGUGGCAAGCUCCCCUCCUGCAACUGCCCGUUCAACUAAUAACAACGCUGCUAGCGGAUUACUUCUCAAGCGAGGCUCCCUCUCGAUGAUUAGCUCGGUGGUAACAUGUGUCGCGACGCUACUGCUGCUGAUCAAAUAGAGUGACAUGUGUAGUGCCAGUGCUAUAGUUGAUUAUAGUUUGAUUAUGUGUGUAGUAUUUGUUGUGCAUGGCCGCUAUUUAUGGCCUUUUGGGUAUGAAAUAAGUUCCCCAUUUGAGUUCUGAGACGAUGGGCCUUGUAUAUAAUGCUUACACCAGACAGUCACACCACUUAUUAUACCUUUUUUUUGGCAUUUAACCAACAA